CUCGAAACGGAGAAACGCUGGUUGCAUAUUUGACGUGCGUCGGCUCCGCAUAUGAAUCUCUUCAAUGAGGUUCAGAGGGAACACUAUAUUUCCAAGCAGCCAUGUCUCCACGUGUCUCCACCGACACCAGGUGUCCGGCCCGGUCCAGAGGAACCUCCACAGAACUUACUGCACCCAGCAGCAAAGUCCGAAGGAUGAGCCGAAUAAAAUGACCUCCGUUAAAGAGCACACAGCAUCUGCGUUAACGUACGCAGGAGAGCUGGGAAGGCAGUGGGGGCGAAAUGCAGUGAAAACCGCAAGAGUGAGCGUCAACUACUGGUGGGAGAGAUAUGAGGAGUUUGUCGGGCUCAGUGAAGUCCGAGAUGCUCAGUCCAAUGUCUCUGAGGCUGAGAAGGCCUUCAUGGUCGCCAGAGGGAUCGUCAGAGAAGCUCAUGCCAGCCUGGAGGCUCUUCAGGUUCGGCUGAAGGAAGUGAGGGACCGCUUGGACCGUGUGUCUCGUGAAGAGGCACAUUACUUAGAGUUAGCCACACUGGAACACAAGUUACUGCAGGAAGAACGGCGUCUCAAAACGGCCUAUGAGAACGCAGAAGGCGGCGAGCGAGAGAAGUUUGCGCUCUUCUCUGCUGCCGUGCGAGGGAGCCACGGGAAAGAGAGGACCAGGGCCGAACGCACCAAAAACUGGUCCAUUAUUGGUUCGGUGUUGGGCGCCGUCAUUGGGGUAAUGGGCUCCACUUAUGUAAACCGGGUACGUCUGCAGGAACUCAAGAGCUUGUUGCUGGAGGCCCAGAAGGGACCAGUGAGUCUUCAGGAAGCCAUCAAGGUCCAAGCCAGCAUGCACAAACUGCAACAAGAUGAACUCAGCAACCUCAUCGACUCACUCAGGACGGCUUUGAAAGGCAGCGUAAAAGACGUGAAAGCAGCCAAACCAGCGUUUGUUCCGCCAGCAGCUACCCUUGUCCCAGCGUCUAGUGCUUCAGAAGAAGCGAUUCAAGAGAUUCUCCAACACAGCCAAAGAGCCCAAGGGCUCAUUGAAAGCCUUAAACCGCAGCUGGAGCAUCUGGAGGAGAACGUCGGGAAGGUUGAGACCGAGCUGCAGGCGGUCAAGACAACUCUACAGUCCCGUCCCGUGGAGAAGCCCGUCAUUCAAACCCGAGACAAGCAGCUCUUUGUAUGCGAUACAGACACAGUCGUUCAAGGCCUCAGUCAAACUGAGAAAAGACUGGAGGCGCAGAUCAACAAAACAAGUCUAUACAAUACUGUCCUGACAUGUGCCGCAUUUGCUGUGACUGUGCCAGUUCUGUACACACUGUUGAGAGGUACCUGAAAAGUGUGCAGGCAGUGUGCACUUUAGGGGCCAAUUAAUACACUAGAGAAUAAUGUACCUGAAGUUGUCCAAGAUUGAUUAAAUAUUGUGAAUUCUAA